AUGCAUUUAUUUCCGAGAUUUUAUCAAAUAUUCCAGUUUUUCAACCAAGUCGAUCGUUUAUUUAUAUGUUAUCCAAAACUUGAUGAUUACAAGUAUACUUACCAUGAUGAAAUUGAUCGGCUAUGCUCAUCAAUUAAAGAAGAGCUCGAUUUAAGUGACGAUCAUAAUUCCAAAUGGAUCUUUUAUAAUCCAACGUUUGCGAUGAAAAGAGACUUAUCGAAAAACGCCAAUAAUUUUCUAUGUAUUUAUUUGUUUCACGAACUCCUUCAGUACUUCCCACGUGAUGACCGAGCUAAACAACAAUUCAAACAGCCUUCGAAAAUGCAUUACGAGAGCAAAAUAUCGAUGAACUUUACCAGCUGCGAUAUUUCCUUGCUGGUCUGUAUGAUUGAGGAUUUAAACACUCAACAUGAACAACCCCAGUGUCUUGUUUAUCAAUCGAUGAAGCUGAGUCGAAACGAAUUGAAAAAGUUCUCCGAAUAUCAAGGUAAACUCUUAUUAUAUAAAGGAGUUCUGUUUGCAAGCCAGAUGUAUCCUCAGAAACGAACUAAUGUUCUCUUGAAAAUUGAAAGUAACGUCAAUUACUCGAACGAACGACAAGACACUCUUUUCGAUUUCAAUACCACAUUCAAAAUCAAAGAUGGUCAACAACUUUAUUAA